AUGGCGUUCCUGGGAGUUGAGGAGAAGUACGAACUGCUCCAUGUUCUAGAGUUCACCAGCACUAGGAAGAGGAUGUCAGUCAUCAUGCGCACUCCAUCUGGCAAGAUCCGCCUCUACUGCAAAGGAGCUGACACGGUGGUCUACGACCGUCUGGCCGACAGUUCCAGGUAUAAAGAGAUCACUCUUAAACACCUGGAGCAGUUUGCCACCGAGGGGCUGCGUACUCUAUGCUUUGCUGUGGCUGAGAUCAGCGAGUCAUCCUAUCAGCAGUGGCUGGAGGUGUUCCACGGUGCCGCCAGCGCCCUGCAGAACCGAGCCCUCAAACUGGAGGAGAGCUAUGAGCUUAUCGAGAAGAACUUGCAUCUUCUCGGGGCCACGGCCAUCGAGGACAAGCUUCAGGACAAGGUGCCUGAGACUAUUGAGACCCUGAUGAAGGCCGACAUCAAGAUCUGGAUCUUGACUGGGGACAAGCAGGAGACGGCCAUCAACAUUGGAUACUCCUGCAAACUUCUGACCAAGAACAUGGGCAUGCUGGUGAUGAACGAAGACACACUUGACGCAACAAGGGAGACCCUCAGCCACCACUGUGGAAUGCUGGGAGACGCCCUUCACAAGGAGAACGAUUUUGCCCUCAUCAUCGACGGAAAGACUCUCAAAUACGCCCUUACGUUUGGAGCACGGCAGUACUUACUAGACCUUGCCUUGUCCUGUAAAGCAGUGAUAUGCUGCAGGGUGUCCCCGCUGCAGAAGUCGGAGGUGGUGGAGAUGGUAAAGAAGCAGGUGAAGGUGAUCACGCUGGCCAUUGGUGACGGUGCCAACGACGUGGGCAUGAUCCAGACGGCUCACGUGGGCGUGGGCAUCUCGGGCAACGAGGGCCUGCAGGCCGCCAACUCCUCCGACUUCUCCAUCGCACAGUUCAAAUACUUGAAGAAUCUAUUGCUGGUUCACGGUGCCUGGAAUUACAACCGCGUCGCCAAGUGUAUCCUGUACUGCUUCUACAAGAACAUUGUCCUGUACAUCAUCGAGAUCUGGUUUGCCUUUGUCAACGGAUUCUCUGGUCAGAUUCUGUUUGAACGCUGGUGCAUCGGCCUGUACAAUGUGAUUUUCACCGCUCUGCCUCCUCUCACUCUGGGAAUAUUUGAACGCUCAUGCAGGACAGAGAACAUGUUGAAGUACCCGGAACUCUACAAAACCUCCCAGAAUGCCAUGGGUUUCAACACCAAGGUCUUCUGGGCCCAUUGUCUGAACGGCCUCUUCCACUCUGUCAUCCUUUUCUGGGUCCCCCUCCUAGCCUUCCAGCAUGAUACAGUCUUCGGAAACGGAAAGACCCCGGACUAUCUCCUCUUAGGCAACAUGGUUUAUACAUUUGUGGUCAUCACCGUGUGCCUCAAAGCUGGCCUGGAGACCUCGUCUUGGACUAUGUUCAGUCACAUUGCCAUCUGGGGCAGCAUCAGCCUGUGGGUGGUGUUCUUCGGCAUCUACUCCUCUCUGUGGCCACUCAUCUCUCUGGCUCCGGACAUGUCUGGCGAGGCGGACAUGAUGUUCAGUUCGGGAGUCUUCUGGAUGGGCCUGGUCUUUAUCCCUAUCACCUCCCUGGUCUUUGACAUGGCCUACAAAGUUCUGAAGAAGGUCUUCUUUAAGACCCUGGUGGAUGAGGUAAAGGAGCUGGAAGCCUUGUCCAAGGACCCCAGAGCCGUGGUGCACGGGACGAGUCUGACGGAGAGGGCACAGCUCCUGAAGAACGUCUUCAAGAAGAGCACCGUGAGUCUGUACCGAUCAGACUCCAUGCAGCAGAACCUACACGGAUACGCCUUCUCUCAAGACGAGAACGGAGUUGUCUCCCAGUCUGAGGUCAUCCGGGCGUACGACACCACCAAACAGCGGACCAACGAAUGGUGAAACCACGCCGCUCUCGGCCAGGACAGCCUAUCACGAUUCACAGUCGUUUUCCGGCAGCGAUUUGAAUCUGACGGGGGCAGCCUCUGGAUAACCCUAGCCCGAGCCUCUCGGGAAUUUGGACAUGACAUGUCUUGUACAUCAAAAAUGGAAAAUAACUAGAAACAAAAAAGCAUUCAAAAAGUAUUCACUGUGCUGUAGUUGUGUUUCCAGCAGACAUAAGCACUGUGCUUGCAUUUUUAACAGUCUGUGGUUUGAAAUUCCUUACUGUUCCUGCUCAGUUAAAUGUGUUGAAGUAUAACCAACUUAAUGUCUCCUCCUUUCAUAUUAAUAGAAAAAAUAUGAGCAUUGAGCCAAAACAAUCUAUAAUUUUGUCAAAAACUGUCAACAUUUUUAGGUAUGUGUACUCCAAUUGGUGACAGAAUAAUACAGAUUAGUUUUUGAUAAAAUAAAAAUGUAAAUGUAGAUUUAAAAAAUAUCCACCAAGCAUAUUAAUAAUUGACCAUUUCAGAACAGACAUUUUGUUGUUUUGUUGUUCUUUUGCGCUUUGUAAAAUAAUGAUCUACUGUAUAAUAAGGCCUUACAUUUGUUCAUGCCUUCAGCCAUCCAUGGUUUUUUUUGUCUUCAAAAUGUUUUUAUUUUAUUUAAGAAGUAUGUAGUUAUCGUGCCUAAAUUGCCUUGUCUUUUUAAUGAUAGAGCCCUGCAACAUAGUCCAAUUUCCAAAAAUGUUGUACAGCAGUUUGAUUGCUUUAAACAAGUAAUUGCAUUACACACAUUACUCAGCUGUAACAAUCACAAUGGUGCCUAACUAGACUUUUUCCCCGAUAGAAUACGUAAGAUAUCCUAGCUAGCCAGUUUAGAACAGUGCUCUACCCCUCGAUUGGCAAGAUGAGCUCACCCCCCCCCCCCCCCCCUCUGCACUCGUGUAUACAAUGUGGUAACAAGUGUGGCACAUAUAAAAUCAAGUUUCCGUUGUUAAUUUCUACCGAGAGUUUUUUUGGGGGGUGGCUGUAUGACGAUCCUGUUGAAUUUCCGUAUGUGGCAACUUUUCUUUCACAAUCUUAUAUUCCCUUGGAAUGGAGAGCUUGUCCUUCCAACAUAAGUGCCAUUAGCUUAAGAGAGAGAGAAAAUUUGCAAGAAAACUCCACACAGUAUCAAAACUACUUUGUCUCUAGUUAUUAUGUGAAUUUGUAUUUUUAUAUUGGAGAAGUACGAAUUUUGCAUUGACCGGCUUUGUAAUGAAUUUUUGUCUCUUUUUUUUUACAAACAAAAGAAUGCUAGAGUAAUAGAAUGAUGAGAAAUAUCUUUCUUAAAUGUCUUGUUGUUAUUAAUAUUGUUCUAAUAACUGCUUGGUUUAUUUGUUAUUUGACUGUAUGUUUGUUCUCUUCUCCCUAUGGGAGAUCAGUUUCCUGUGUGCGUGUGUGUGUGUGUGAUCUGUCGUCUUCGUGUGUGUGUGUGUGAUCUGUCGUCUGCGUGUGUGUGUGUGUGUGAUCUGUCGUGUGUGUGUGUGUGUGUGUGUGUGUGUGUGAUCUGUCGUGUGUGUGUGUGUGUGUGUGUGUGUGUGUGUGUGUGUGUGUGUGUGUGUGUGUGUGUGUGUGUGUGUGUGUGUGUGUGAUCUCUCGUCUGCAUGUGCAUCUUCUACUCUGGAUAACUUCAUACGUACGCAUAUGUCUGUGUCCUUAAUGUGAGACUGGGAGCCCUUGGAACCUCAGGUCUUACUUUGCAUUAUUUGAGUGUGUGUUUGAGGAUCUGUAUGGUCGGGUGACUGACUGAAUGACUGAGUGUGCAAUACAUAGUUGUCCGUGUGUGUGUAUGGUGCUGCUUGCUCCUCUUGUCUGUCUGCACGACUCCAGGUAUAAUGAUGGUGUACUGUCUACAGCUGCAUGGCUCUCUGUGUGGCCAGACCUCAGCCGUGGUGGUCCUGGGCCCUGACGCUAAGUCUCUCGCUUGACAGGAGAUGUUGAACAAUGCACAAUGUUACCUUUCCAAUAGUGGAUAUUUUGGUAUUAUCUGGUUAUUGUAAUUUCUCUGGGUGUACAUGUUUGUAACUUUUUGUUUAUCUGGUGCAUUGUACCUCUUCUUUACAAUAACUGUUUUUUGUGGUUUUUCCUGGUUUUAGUGAGGGUAUCAGUAAAAAUGUAUUUGUUAUGCUAUACUUUCGUGCUUCGAUUGAUUAGUUAUGAACUGCUGUCAUAAUUCCAAAAUGCUGAAUGUGGUUCUUCUGAUGUGAAAUUUGUCGUGGAAAGCUUGGACUGUUGCUUUUUCCAAAACGGUUGUCUGUGAUAGUUGUGGGCUGCAUAAAUGUAAAAAAGAAAACUUUCUUUGGUUUAUUGUGCUACUUUGAUUCUCCCUCAAGUGUUGGUCACUACAGGAAAAAAAAUGCACUUUUCAAUUUGUUUGAUUGUUGUUUAUUUUUACGUCUUUCAUUUAAUGAUUGUUCUGCAUGUUGGGACUGCAAACGUACGUGUUAUGUCUUGGAUAUCGAUUAAGGUUGGGGUUAAAUGGAGAAGACACAUUUCAGUUGAAUACAUUCAGUUGGACAACUGAUUAGGUCUCCCUCCUUUCCCUUUCCCUUGCCAUGAAGGACUUCUACUAAAAUAAACUUUACAAACA